CGCCCACCGGGCGCUCUUUCGCCGUCGUCAUCGCUGAUGUCUGUCUGCCGUGUGUCACACUCGUUUGACGCCGGGCGACGCGAGCUCUCCGCCGGCCUCUGACACCACAACGACACGGCGCACGUUCAGCCAGGACCUCCGCCUCGGCCAUGCGGACCACCGAGCGGUAAACCCGAGCCGGGAAGCGCCUCACAUGUCGUGGGGGGAAAUGCAGGACGACGGCGGCGGAGCAGCCCUCGGCGGCGCGGCCGCAGCCGGCGCGAACACGGCGCAGAAUUCAGUCCAUUUGAACAAGCAAAGCAUUACUCAAAAUUGCCACAACACGACGGCUGCCCCUGCUCCACAGUCGGAGUUUGAAUCCCGAUCCCCAAGUCCUGCACCGACUACCAGCCCGAUCAUCCCGAGGGAGCAGUGGGCAGGGAAGCACGAGUUCCUGCUCUCCUGUAUUGGAUACUGUGUGGGACUGGGGAACGUGUGGCGGUUCCCCUAUCUUUGUUACCGCAAUGGAGGAGGUGUGUUUCUCAUCCCCUACUUCAUCAUGCUCAUUGUUACUGGUGUUCCACUCUUCCUCAUGGAGCUGAGCUUGGGCCAGUAUGGAGCCGCCGGGCCCAUCACUGUGUGGAAAUGCUGCCCUCUGCUCAAAGGUAUUGGCAUUGGCAUGCUCUGUGUGUCCACGCUGGUGUGUCUCUACUAUAACGUCAUCAUAGCCUGGACAUUUUAUUACCUGGGCAGCUCUUUCCAGAGCCCCCUGCCCUGGUCCUGUGACGCUGUAGCCAACGCUGCUCUCUGUGGUAACAACGCCACGGGCAACGGCUCCACUGGUGGAGCUCUCAGCCCCACAGAAAAAUUCUGGAAUGAGCGGGUGCUGGGUGUAGUACACAGUGAGGGCCUUCAUGACCCAGGCCCUGUCCGGUGGCCCCUGGCCCUGUGCCUCCUGGCUGCCUGGUUCAUCAUCUUCCUGUGUAUGCUCAAGGGCAUCCGCAGCUCUGGCAAGGUGGUUUAUGUGACGGCCACCUUCCCAUACUUUGUGCUCAUUGUUCUGAUCAUCAGAGGCGCCACGCUGGAGGGCUCUCUUCAGGGCGUCGCUUUCUACCUCACUCCAGACUGGAGCCGAUUAUCGAAUGCACAGGUGUGGAAUGACGCAGCCUCACAGAUCUUCUACUCCUUAGGUAUUGGAGUUGGAGGGCUGCUCUCUAUGGCCUCUUACAAUAAGUUUGACAACAACGUCAUCAGGGACACGUUGAUCAUCACCGCAGGAAACUGCUGCACCAGCUUCUUUGCUGGAUUUGCUAUAUUCUCAAUCCUGGGUCACAUGGCGUGGAGGAAGGGCGUGCCUGUCGGAGAGGUGGCAGACACGGGUCCUGGUUUGGCCUUUGUUGCUUACCCAGAGGCCCUUGCUCUGCUGCCCGGCUCAGUGUUCUGGUCCAUUCUGUUUUUCCUCAUGCUCUUUAUGCUGGGGGUCGAUACACUGUUUGGCAACAUGGAGGGCAUCACAACCGCCGUGAUGGACGAAUUCCCGCACCUCAGAGGGAACAUGCUGCACAAGUCCUUGUUCCUGGGCGCGCUGUGUUUUUGCUUCUACCUCCUGGGUCUCUUGUUAGUGACUAAUGGAGGGAUUUACUGGUUCACCCUCAUUGACUCCUUCAGCACUAGUUUUGGCCUCAUCAUCAUCACCCUCUUCAUGUGCAUUGGCAUCUCCUUCUUCUACGGAGUCGACCAGUUUUGUCAAGACAUUAUCGAUAUGAUCUGCCCAUGCCCUCCCUGGUGCAGAAAAGUGCUGCUUUACUUCAAAGCAUGCUGGGUUUUCUUCACUCCGUUUCUGCUGCUGUUCAUCCUGACGUACAUCUUCAUCGAGAUGUACAAGACAUCACUCCGCUACGGGUCCUACGUGUACCCACUGUGGGGUAAAGCGCUGGGUGUGUGCAUGGGUGCGACUUGCUGCCUACAGAUCCUCAUCUGGGCCAUUGUGGCCAUCUGCAAGGAAACUGGAACAUUGAAAGACCGUUUCAAGAAAACGAUUCGGCCUCUGAGUUCCUGGAGAGUAAACACCUUGAACAGGAGAGCAGAGGAGAGCGUGGAGCCCGAGAGAGUGGAGGCUCCGUUCACUGUCACGCUUACAGACAUGGACUUUACUGCGAUGACGUGGGAGUCGGGAAGCCAAGCGUGAUGCAUGGAGAGCGGUGAUGAACGCACAACAAUGAGCAAACAACUUUGUCAAGAGAAAAAGAGGAAUUUAUCCUUAUGUUAUUUGCCCCAGCCUGGCUCUGGUGGCCUUGUCUGAACAGACUGUGUCCUGCAGGGCAGUGUGGAUUCAUUGCUUUAUUUAUACUAUUAUAUAUGAUUGAAAAGUAUUUCAAUUACUUUUUUUUUAUUGUGUAGCAUUUAAGGUCACAGCUGUAAAGUGUGGAUCAUCCUCCUCUUACAAUGAAGUAUUCUUGAACAUUUUAGCAUAUUAUUGUCAUAGUAAUGCAUUACAAUGAAUUUCCACUGACAAAGGUUAUCAGCGGCUUUUGGGAACAACACAGCAUUGAAGAGUCAGGAAUAUUUUUAAUUUGUCUUGCUCUUCUUUUUUUAAUUGAAUGAUUUUCAAUCAAUAAUUUUCGUUAGAAUAAAUGAAUAAAAUAGCUUGACAAAUGAACUGCACUGUUAAUGUGUCCAUAUAUGAUAGUAGAUACGAAGAUUUCUACAGACACUCAUCAGUUGAAUGUAUUGUUCACUUGAGGACGUGAUUAUUUUCAUAUCAGUCUUGCUAUUAUUUCUCACAACUUUCUGAGGGAAUUUCUCUGAUUGGAGGGCCUGCUUAAAGAAGACAUUGAAAUUGGUUGAUAAUUUUUUUUAUUUAUUGGCAAAUUGGCCUGACUAAAUAACAUUUAUCAACCCUAAUAUUUGCACUUCUCUCGCAGAGGCCUGGAGUUUUGAUACUAGUUUUGAUUAUCUCUGCCUAAGGAUUUAAUAUGGUUACAAUUAUGGAUCUACAAAUUAGUUGAUUGUCGCAGUCGCAUGAAACAGAUUAAUACACAGUCUGUGUGAAAAAUAUUAAGCGGUCCUUUGUUUUCCUUGAGAGACUCUUUGUAGGUGGAUCAUUAUUACUUUUUAAAAGAACGUUUUAUUUUUCUUUGUUUUAGGAUAUCAUGCCAUGACAUAAAACUCUUGUAUUUU